UUUUAUAAAUUUUCGUAUAGAAUGCAAAAGAGAUGAAGAAAAUCCAAUCCAGCAUGAGACAGUUACAAGCAGAGAUGAGAGAGAUAAGUGAGGAUCAGAAAAGAAUUAGAGAGGGACAAAGGCAAGUUAGGGAAAAACUUGAAGCCAUAGAAUCUGCAUGCUAGAAGCUACACCAUGAGACUAAACUCAUCACGCAGCAGAGUGCCACUUCCCGUGGCCGCCACUCUCAUGUUUCAAAUUCUAAAAGCAAGACAAACUAAUGAUUUCCCCACUGCUAUCGCCCUCACUCAGAUGCUUCGGAAGAUUCUAAUUUCCGUUGCUGCUUCUGUUCGGUGGAGCAGAGAGAAGAAGGGCAUCGACAGAGGAGAUGAGGAAGAGAAGGAGGGCAGCGAUGGAGGAGAUGAUGAGGUAGAUGGUGAAGAUCGGCGAAAGAGAAGAAGUGUAGUGACAGAGGAGAAGAUCGACGGACGAUCGAUGGAAGAGAAAUCGACGGACGAUCGGCGAAGAGAAGAUCGACGGAGUGGCGGACGAUCGGCGAAAGACCCUUCUGCAGUUCUGUUGGUACUUGGUUCCUCCUGAAUCUAGUGACUAUAGAGGGACGCAGAACCAGCACAAAUGAGCUAGUAGCUUAUAUGGAGAGUUGUUGUUGCGUUUAAGUGGUUACUUGAUGAGCAAGAGCUGCCCUGCCAUUUUUGGUUACUAAAGUAUUUCCUUUUCCUUUUCUGCUUUUUCAUUUUUGUCCCCUGAAUAUGUCUGGACUUUCACAAUUUUCCUGCUCUGUAAAAAAACUUCUUGUAAUGUCAAAAUCGCUUAGCUUGUUCCACUGUUUUAUUUUCCCUUUUUAUUUUCUAUUAAAUGACUUGGAUCGUU